UGUGAUAGUAACAACACUUAAAGAUGAAAUGGGGAGUGGCGAGCGGAAUGGGCGUUUCGCUUGCUGCUGCUGUGCUCCUAAUGCUGCCGCUUUUUACCUCAUCCACAGGGGAUAUACGACAUCACGGCGCAUCGAAAGCUCGUGGUUGGCGUGGCAGUGUUGCACCAGCAGAUGUUACAGCGAACAACUCCGUAAGCAAUGUCACAGCACAGCUGGGAGGCACAGCGUACCUCCACUGCCUUGUAGGGCACUUAAAUGAACGAGGGCAAGUGUCCUGGAUUAGAAAACGCGACUGGCAUAUCUUGAGCUCCGGGAAGUUCACCUACACCAAUGAUGAACGGUUUCAGGUUCUUCACGGAGAGGGUUCUGAGGACUGGACUCUUCAAAUCAAGUUUGUACAGAAACGAGACAAUGGCACUUAUGAAUGUCAGGUGUCAACCCGUACCGGCAUCGUGUCGCAUUACGUCCGACUGCAGAUAGUGGUCCCCGAGGCUUUCAUCCUGGGAUCGGGUGAACAUCACGUCGACCUCGGCAGCGUUAUACACCUCAUAUGCAUUGUUGAAAAGAGUCCUACACCACCACAAUACGUAUUCUGGUACCACAAUGACCGCAUGAUUAACUAUGACGCGACGAGAGGAGGAAUCACGGUGGAGACGGAGCCGGGAGCAAGAACUCAAUCCAGACUUACAGUACGCGGAGCCACAUUGAAGGAUUCAGGAAAUUACACUUGCAGUGCGAGUAAUACCGAGCCGGCGUCUAUACACGUUUUUGUAUCGGAAGGCAGUAAUAAAAUGGCGGCCAUUCUACGACGCAACACUAGCGCCAUCCAUGGUAUUACCUCAAGCGUAACGUGUAUUCUUCUUCUAGCGUCUGUGUUGGUGCAUUUUGUCGUACGAUGACGGUAAAUUGUUAAGGCGUUUUUUUCUUUAAAUGUUACCUUUCUGAAAAUCUUACUGCCUAAUAUUUUGAAAAUGAAUUGUAAUAAGUAACGAUAUGUAAGUUGGCAGGCAGAAAUUAUUUUAACAUCUUUAUAUUUAUUAAGAAUUUUAUAUUAUUUAUGUAAUUAUUUAAAUAAAACAUUAAUGUUGUCUCAAUCUUAAGGCGGUGAGAGAUGAGGGCUCGACGAAUUUGACAGUUUUAUACAGAAACAUUAAGUCCACAGAUUACAUUGACUAUUAUAAUUUUAAAAUAUAAUAAAAGUAAAAUAACUUGACAAGUUACGUACCGAUACAAAAAAAU